AUGAUAGGUCAAUCCAGCCCGUUUAUAGCAGCUGUUCAAACCUUAGGAAGUAAUAUGGCAGCCACCCAACUUGCAGAAAAAUUAAAAUCAGAUCAAAACAUUCCACCCGGUUAUCUGGAUUUUGCGCUACACUUUUCUCUAAUUUUCCAUAUAAACACAAAUCGAUUGAAAGAUAUGGCUUUAGAAAAUUUAAUCAGUCCUAUAAUCUCUAAAGAAUGCUUUUAUAAGUUUACAAAAGAAGGAGAUUUAUUUGAUGGUCCAUGUUUUAAAGCAACUAUUAGUAAAUUAUUAGGAUAUGGAAUAGUUAUUGGCUCUUCACUUGUUAAAAUUCCACAAGUAAUAAAAGUUGCAAAAUGUAAAAAUUCAUUUGGUUUGAGUAUACUUUCAAUUUUACUUGAAAUGAUCUCUUUAACAUCUGUAAGCGCUUACUCAUUUGCUAAUGGAUUCCCGUUCAGUGCUUAUGGAGAAGGAGUCUUUUUAGGUAUACAAAAUUUCCUCUUGGCUAUUAUGGCAAUAACUUGGACAUAUUCACAUAUUAAAGCUGUCCUAUUCUCUUGUGCUUAUAUAGCAUGUGUAGCUGUUCUUUUGUCUCCAACACUUCCAUUAUCAAUAUUGAUACUAUUGCAAACAGUUAAUCUUCCAAUUAUGUUAUCAUCUAAGAUUGCUCAAAUAUGGACAAAUUAUUGUAAUGGGAGUACAGGUCAAUUAUCAGCUAUUACAUUGUUCCUAUUUGCUUUAGGUUCAACUGCACGUAUAUUUACAUCAAUUCAAGAAACUGGUGAUAAUCUAAUGAUUAUAUCAUGUAUAUUAGCUAGUCUAUUUGCAUUGAGUAAUGGAGAUGAUGAUGAUGAUGAUGAUGAUGAUGAUGAUGAUGAUGAUGAUGAUGAUGAUGAUGAUGAUGAUGAUGAUGAUGAUGAUGAUGAUGAUGAUGAUGAUGAUGAUGAUGAUGAUGAUGAUGAUGAUGACUUAGAUGAUGAUGUCGAGUUGGAUUUACGUGAUCACGACGGCUUGGAUGAUGACUUAGAUUAUGUUGAUGAUGAUGACGAUUUGAAUGAUUUAGAUGAUGAUGAUGAUGACGAAUCGGAUGAUUUGGACGAUUUAGAUGAUGAUGAUGUCCAGUUGGAUGAUGAUUUAGGUGAUGAUGACGGUUUGAAUGAUGAUUUAGUUGAUGUUGAUGGUGAUUUAGAUUAUGGUAAUGAUGAUGAUGAUCAUGAUGAUGAUUCGGAUGAUAAUGAUGAUGAAUUGCAUGAUGAAGAUGAUAAUGAUAUACAAAUGAAUUACUUCUUAUUUAUUAUUUUUCUUCUAAAAAACAUUCUAAUGAGAAGUUCAUUUUAA